GGAAAGCAGCUCGAUGUGUCUGUCUAUCAGUUGAGACUGUCUGAAAGCUCUGCGAUCCGAAUGUGUGUUAUAUUUCACUGAAAAGAGGAGAGAGGGAGAGCGCAUCUCCUCUCUCCCAGGAGUUUGGGGGGGACAGUACACGCUCAUCUCGCCCACCCAGUGAAUGUCCGUUCUUCACCCCCUCGGUGCACACUCUCCGGGUUGUUGUUGGCUUAUUUUUUUGGAGGGUGUGUGUGGGUUUUUUUGUGUGUUUUUCGAAAAAAAAAAAUUCUGUUGGAAGAUCAAGACCGGCCAAAAAUCCACGAUCAAAAUGUGUUUGCAUUAGAUUUCUCCUCGGAAGAAGCGGCGAUCCUGGCGGCCAGGCCCCCCGGGGGCAGCGCGGGGCACGAAGUGGCGCUCCAGCGGGUGACACUGUUUGAUCUGUGACUGUUUGGAAGGUGGAGCAGCGCUGACAUCUCCCCCGGCGCAUGUAUGUACGGGGGCUUCACUCCUGUCUUGUUUGCUUUCUUCCUCCUAGACUAAGUACGGGGAGGAAAGGACAGCCGGUCGGCCUCGCUGGCGCACAAUGAGAGAGCUGCGACCCGCGCACUAGCAGCGCCCGCCGCGACCCCCACCGCCAGCAGAGAGGGGCCGAGAAAGUUGCGCGCGGAGACUCGCGGCUCGCCCAGGAAGGCGCGGGAGCGCCCGGCGGCGCCCGGACAGCGCCCGCCCAGUACAGCGCCAGCGGCAUGGAGCGCGGGCCGCGGGCCGGCCUUCCGAGCGCCCGCCGCUGCGCCCGCGGCCCGCGCCGGGGAUGACUCCGGGCUCGGCGCCCAGGCCCCGCGCGCUCCGCCCGCAGCCCGGCGGCCCGGGAGCGGCCCGCGCGGCCGCCGCCGCCGCCAGCUGAGCGGCCCGGGCGCGGCGGUCCAUGCGAGCGGCGCCCGCCAUCCGCGGCGCGCCCGGAGCCCGGAGCCCGCGGGGACGAGGCCAAAGUUGGGCGCGCCGCGGAGUUGCGCCCGCGCCCGGGCCCCGCGUCCCCGCUCCCCGCGCCCCGCGAACUCCGGCGGCGGCUGAGGCGACGGCUGCGGCGGCCCGAGCAGCAUGCCGAGGAGGAAGCAGCAGGCCCCCCGGCGCUCGGCAGCUUAUGUUCCCGAGGAAGAGCUGAAGGCAGCCGAAAUAGAUGAGGAACACGUGGAGGACGGUGGGCUGCCUUUGGACAUUCAGGACAGCGAAUUCGUGUGCAAUGAAGAGACAGAGAUCCAAGAGGCCCAGAGCUAUCAGAAUUCCCCAGUCAGCACUGCCACCAAUCAGGAUGCCGGCUACGGCUCGCCCUUCAGCGAGAGCAGUGACCAGCUGGCCCAUUUCAAAAGCUCCUCCUCCAGAGACGAGAAGGAGGAGCCACAGUGUCCAGAUACUGUCUCCUACCCCCAGGACAGCUUGGCACAAAUCAAAGCCGUGUACGCAAACUUAUUCUCAGAGUCCUGCUGGUCCAGCCUAGCUUUGGAUUUAAAGAAGUCCAGUUCAACCACCAGCAACAAUGAUGGCAGCCAGAAGGAGAGCUCCACCCCUACCCCCACACCCCCUACCAGUACCGCCAGCACCGCCUGUACCACAGCCACCACGGCCAUCACCAGCUGCAGCACCAGCACCAGCCACAACAGCACCACCAGUAACAGCAGCAGCAGCAGCAGCAGCAGCUCCGGGUAUGACUGGCACCAGGCCGCCCUGGCCAAGACACUGCAGCAGACCUCAUCGUAUGGGCUGCUGCCUGAGCCCAGCCUGUUUAGCACAGUGCAGCUCUAUAGGCAGAACAACAAGCUGUAUGGUUCCGUGUUCACAGGGGCCAGCAAGUUCCGGUGCAAGGACUGCAGCGCGGCGUAUGACACACUGGUGGAGCUGACGGUGCACAUGAACGAGACGGGUCACUACCGGGAUGACAACCGGGACAAGGACUCUGAGAAGACCAAGCGUUGGUCCAAGCCCAGGAAGCGCUCCCUAAUGGAGAUGGAGGGGAAGGAGGAUGCGCAGAAGGUACUGAAGUGCAUGUACUGUGGACACUCCUUCGAGUCCUUGCAAGACCUCAGCGUCCACAUGAUUAAAACAAAGCAUUACCAGAAAGUGCCUCUGAAGGAGCCCGUGCCAGCCAUCACCAAACUGGUCCCAUCCACCAAGAAGCGAGCGCUCCAGGACCUGGCAUCCCCUUGCUCCCCGGAGCCCACAGGCAUGGCCACUGAGGUUGCACUGAGUGAGUCAUCCAAGGACCAGAAAACGGCCAACCCGUAUGUCACACCCAAUAACCGUUACGGCUACCAGAACGGUGCUAGCUACACGUGGCAGUUUGAGGCCCGCAAAGCCCAGAUCCUCAAGUGCAUGGAGUGUGGCAGCUCCCACGACACCUUGCAGCAGCUCACGGCCCACAUGAUGGUCACUGGCCACUUCUUAAAGGUGACAACCUCAGCCUCCAAGAAAGGAAAACAGCUGGUGCUGGACCCUGUGGUAGAAGAGAAGAUCCAGUCCAUCCCCCUGCCCCCGACAACUCACACCCGGCUGCCUGCCUCUAGCAUCAAGAAACAGCCGGACUCCCCUGUAGGCUCUGUAGCCUCAGAAGAAAAGAAAGAGCCAGAGAAGGAGAAGGAGAAAGCUCCUCCAGCAGCUGGAGAUGCAGAGAGAAAAAUCAAGGAGGAGACGGAAGACACCACUGAGAAGUUUGAACCCACCACCCUCUAUCAGUACCUGCGUGAGGAAGACCUGGAUGACAGCCCCAAGGGGGGCGUAGAUAUCCUGAAGUCGCUUGAGAACACUGUGUCUACGGCCAUCAGUAAAGCCCAGAAUGGUGCGCCCUCGUGGGGUGGCUACCCCAGCAUCCACGCAGCGUACCAGCUGCCGGGCACAGUGAAGCCGAUGCAGCCAGCUGUGCAGAGCGUGCAGAUACAGCCAUCUUAUGCCAGCAGUGGGAAGUCACUGUCCUCCACAGAGCACAAUGCCCUCCUGCACUCCCCGGGGAGCCUUACACCCCCACCCCAUAAGAGCAAUGUGUCUGCCAUGGAGGAGUUAGUAGAGAAGGUCACAGGCAAGGUCAGUGUGAAGAAGGAGGAGAGGCCCACUGAGAAGGAGAAGGCCUCUCCUGUCAAGGCCACCUCCCCCGUGGCAAAGGAGAAUAAAGAUCUUCCUAAGUCAGAGGAGACUGGGAGCAAGCCACAGAAGAAGGGCUUAGAUGUGGAAACCGGGAAGGCCAAAAAGGAGGGUCCGUUGGAGGCUCAUACCCCAAAUGGUACAGAGCCUCUUAAAGCCAAGGUCACCAAUGGCUGCAGCAACCUGGGUAUCAUCACAGACCACUCGCCAGAACCUUCGUUCAUCAACCCCCUGAGUGCUCUGCAGUCCAUCAUGAACACCCACCUAGGGAAGGUGUCCAAGCCUGUGAGCUCCUCUCUGGACCCACUGGCGAUGCUCUAUAAGAUCAGCAACAGCAUGCUGGAUAAGCCCACCUACCCCACGACCCCUGCCAAGCAGGCCGAUGCCAUCGAUCGCUACUACUAUGAGAACAGCGACCAGCCCAUCGAUCUGACCAAGUCCAAGAACAAGCCCCUGGUCUCAGGUGUGGCCGACGCUGUGUCCUCGCCUCUGCGGGAGAGCGCCCUCAUGGAUAUCUCAGACAUGGUGAAGAACCUCACGGGCCGUCUGACUCCCAAGUCCUCCACACCCUCCACGGUUUCGGAGAAGUCGGACGCAGAUGGCAGCAGCUUUGAGGAGGCCCUGGAUGAGCUGUCACCUGUCCACAAGAGAAAGGGGCGUCAGUCCAACUGGAACCCACAGCACCUGCUCAUCCUUCAGGCCCAGUUUGCUUCCAGCCUUCGGGAGACAGCGGAAGGCAAGUACAUCAUGUCGGACCUGGGUCCUCAGGAGCGGGUGCACAUCUCCAAGUUCACGGGCCUCUCCAUGACCACCAUCAGUCACUGGCUGGCCAAUGUCAAGUACCAGCUGCGGAGGACAGGGGGAACAAAGUUCCUUAAGAACCUUGACACAGGGCAUCCUGUGUUCUUCUGUAACGAUUGUGCCUCUCAGUUCAGAACUGCCUCCACGUACAUCAGCCACCUGGAGACGCACCUGGGCUUCAGCUUGAAGGACCUCUCCAAGCUGCCACUCAGUCAGAUUCAAGAGCAGCAGAGCGUCUCCAAAGUCCUCGCCAACAAGACUCUGGGCCCACUGGGGUCAGCUGAGGAAGACCUGGGCUCCACAUUCCAAUGCAAGCUCUGCAACCGAACUUUUGCAAGCAAGCAUGCAGUAAAACUGCACCUUAGCAAGACACACGGCAAGUCGCCAGAGGACCACCUGAUCUAUGUGACCGAGCUGGAGAAGCAAUAGUGUCCAGGUGUGCAAGGGGCCGUGGAACAUUGCACUACCAUCCUGAUUGUGCUGCACUAGGCCUGAGCCGCUGAAAUCAGUCUUUCCUUUGUUGCUGAACUGCCUAUCUGGACUUGGUUUUUCUUACACAUAUUUUGUAGUUAUAUUUAUAUGCUCUUUGUCUGAUCUGUGCAUGUUAUUUUUCUUUUUUUCCGUGAGUCAAAGUCUGACCUUUAUUUUCGGCGUCCCUUCUUGAUGUUAAGCUAUCUUUUGUAGGAAAUAGUGGGGCACGCUCGGAGACAUUGUUUAGCGGUAAAGGAAGAUACAAAUAGCAGCGAUCAAGAGACAUCCUAAAAUUACGAAGUUGCCAUGACAAUAAAGGUCACAGGACCUGGUAGUGUCGAGUUUAACCCUUUGAGGACUUUAUCUCUGUGCCUUUCACUCAAAAAUUAAAAAAAAAAAAUUAAAAAGAAAGAGAAAAAAAGGGGGAAAAGGCGCUUAAAGGCAUCUCAUUCAGAUCAAAAGCUGUGUCAGACACAAAACUUAUUUAAUAAUUAAAAAACGAGCUUUUAUAUGCAGGACUGGUUUGUGAGAAGACAUGCAUGCAGCAGUCGGCCGGAGACAGAGAGCUGUCUGGGACUCCCGGGGUUAGGAAGCCACAACUUUAUAUGUUCAAAACAAAAACAACGCACACCCCAGUUGCCACUAUGCCCAAACCCUCUGGAUGCUGAAAAAUGCCACUUUUGGCAAAAAAAAAGUAUGCAAGCUUAUUAUUUAAAAAAUGUGUAAAAAAUACUAUUUCUUCUUUUUUUUUUGUUCCUGUAAAAUACUGCAGUUUAUAGUUAUUUACAAAUGUAAGCUUUGGUAUCAGCUGACCUUUCUAUAGCGUGAUGCAUUGGUAAAUGAAAAAAAAAAAACACAGAAAAAAAACAAAAAAAAAAAUGGGGCAAAUGUUGGAUCCUUUCCUUGUGAAUUGCCAGCGUCAGCUUACACACGCCUGUAUGUUACGUAUCAUAUCAUUUUAAUCUAUUCAACUUUCUUUGUACCUUCUGGCUGUAUGCUUUCUCUUUUAACUUUUUAUAUUGUCAUUUUAUAUUAAAUUUCUGUGUAUAUAAUGUAAAACCACAACUUUUGGAUAAAAUUUAGUUCCUGCAGCUUGAUUUAAAUAGAGAAAUUUUACUGGCACCUGCAUCUUCUCAGAUGCAUGUACUCAGAGGAACUAUCAGACAAAAAUAAAUAAAUAAAAACAGAGCAAGCAAUGCACUAUUAAUUAUACAUUUUGAUGUCCCGUCAUUAAUACUGUACAGUACAUUUUGGUUCACACAAUUAAACCCACUGUUUUCUCAAAUGUAAAAUAAACCCACACGCAGUUCUUGAUUUA